UUCGUUAACUCGAAAGGCUCCUUUUCACAAUGACUGAGGAGAUGCAAGAUCAUGGGGCGACUGGCCAGGGAGACGUCAGUGAUGGUCAAAAGGCAGUUAAUUUCUAUCUUAUAGAGGAAAAAAAUAAAUAUGAAAUAUCGGUCCCUUCACCACUAGAUAACCUAAUGGCAUUGUACGGUCUUGAAUCAAUUACACGCUCUUUAGCAAGAACCAAUCCAGAUGGUUCUAAAGGUGUCAAACUAAGAAAAUCAUAUAAAAAUCAUAUUCAAGAUUUACCCGGGAAGCACCAAAUUCCACCAACAAAAGAGCUCCCAGCUUCUCUUCUAGACCCAAUGGUAGCUCAAGCCCCUGAUAUGAUUAAAGAAAUUGACCCUCAGUUGUUGGCGCAGGCGUUGAAGUUUGAUAAAACGCCAAUUAAGGGUAUACCUGGUUUUAAUACUGCAGAUUUGGCAAUUAAUGACCAGCAAACAUUGAUGAGAACUGAUGAUAUGAGUGAAAAUGACGAAUAUGGUGGUAAGAAGUCGAAACGUAAAAAGAAGGUUCAAGCCAACGGUGGUGACGUUAAAAGACAGCAUAUAUAGCAUACCGUUUGCAAACAUGUACGAAACAAUGUUUUUAUCCUAAUGACCUCAUGACAUCUUCUAAUUCACCAAGAAUUAUAGGCUUUCAACUCUUGUAUCUUAUUUCAACUUUCCAUUCUUGUUAUUAUUAUC